UUCUUCGUGUAGACGAUUAGUACUACUAUAGCUCUCAAAUCACUACCUUCUUGGUGUUUGUGGCGAACAAAUCAUAGAGGACCAGCCUGUCAGUGCCAAACUCACAUAUACACCAGACUUUAACGAAACCAAAACCAUGGGUUGCAGGCGACACUUGCAGCUGUUUGUAGCUGCUAUACUAUUUAUCAGUUUAGGUGUCAGGGGUGCAGUUGUGAGCGGUAUCAAUCAAACACUUGUUGAUGGAUACUACGGUAACACCUGGACUAAAGACUUUUGGCAAACGCAUCCAAACAUUUGGUGGCGCUGCCAACAGCCGGGGACGGUGGCUAUCACUUUUGACGACGGGCCCGGGUCGGUAUAUGAGGAGGGUGUGCGAGCGAGAACAGAGAAGAUAUUGGAUGUCCUGAAGCUGUUUGAUAUUCCGGCCACGUUCUUC